AUGACCGCCACGAUGCCGUUUUCUGUGCUGGGCGGUCAUGGUAAUGACGUCAUCUCGAAUGGGUACAGUAUACAACGAACACAACGAGACUUCAACUACAGUAAUCCAGCAUUCACUGCAUUGAAUUUUCUUGACACAUCCACCUAUGCAGUGCUGUUGAGAACAACGGUAGCACGAGAUACGAUCCUACGUAAAGAUGCCGUGCUAGCAUAUUCAGCCUUGAAAAAGCGGCUCGAUAAUUUUCCAAUCGGGAAUCGUGAGUUCUUGGAGGCGUGCCCAGCGGAAUGUGAAGCGGAAAGGGAGAUGGUUGACAAGAUUGUUAAGAAAAGUCCUCAGGUCGCGCUCACAUUCCCGGAAACGUUUGUCAGCAUGGGUAAGGACUCGACAAAUCUUAGCCGAGUAUACCUUGGAGGAGCUAUCGGAGGUGUGGAAACCGAUUCGGAUGGUGGCCAUCUCUCGGGCCCAAUCUCUGAUGUUGACAUUCAAGUUGAAGGAAAGUGUGACGGCUGA